GAGGACAAGGAAGGAAGGAAAAGGAGGAAAGAAGGAGGGAAGGAGAGAAAGGAGGGAAAGGAAUCCCGAAGAAGCCCAGCCAGCCUCCCGUCUCCGCCUCGCCAUGACGGCCAACGGGACCCCCUCGCCCUCCUCGCCGCCGUCGUCGGACACGCUGCCCAUCCAGUUCGGGCUGAUCAACUGCGGCAACCGCUACUUGACGGCCGAGGCCUUCGGCUUCAAGCUCAACGCCUCGGCGCCCAGCCUGAAGAAGAAGCAGAUCUGGACGCUGGAGCAGGACGGCGACGAGUCGGGCGCGGUCUUCCUGCGGAGCCACCUGGGCCGCUACCUGGCGGCCGACAAGGACGGGCAGGUGAGCUGCGGGAGCGAGGCGCCGUCGGCCGACUGCCGCUUCCUCAUCGUGGCCCACGAGGACGGGCGCUGGUCCCUGCAGUCCGAGCCCCACCGCCGCUUCUUCGGCGGCACCGAGGACCGGCUCUCGUGCUUCGCCCAGCAGGUCUCCGGCGCCGAGAAGUGGCGCGUCCACCUGGCUCUCCACCCGCAGCUCCAUCUCUUCAGCCUCAGCCGCAAGCGCUACGCCCAGCUGGGCGCCGGCGGCGAGGAGCUGGCGGUGGCCCACGACGUGCCCUGGGGGGUGGACGCCCUCAUCACCCUCCUCUUCCACGAGGGCCGCUACCGGCUCCAGGCCCGCGACCACCGCCUCCUCCGCCACGACGGCCAGCUGGUGGAGCGCGCCGAGCCGGCCGCCGAGUUCACGCUGGAGUUCCGCGCGGGCAAAGUGGCCUUCCGCGACUGCCAGGGCCGCUACCUGGCGCCCUCGGGGCCCAGCGGGACCCUCAAGGCCGGCAAAGGCACCAAGGUGGGCAAGGACGAGCUCUUCCUGCUGGAGCAGAGCUGCCCCCAGGUCGUUCUGCGGGCGCCCAACGAGCGCAACGUCUCCACCCGGCAAGGGAUCGAUCUCUCAGCCAACCAAGAUGAAGAGGGUGACCAGGAAACCUUCCAGAUGGAAAUCAGUAAAGAAACCAAGAAAUGCACUUUCAGGACUUGUACUGGGAAAUACUGGACUCUGACCUCCAACGGUGGAGUGCAAUCCACUGCCUCGACUAAGAAUGCCAACUGCUACUUCGACAUUGAGUGGUGUGACCGGCGUAUCACUCUGAAAGCCGCCAACGGCAAAUACGUCACUGCCAAGAAGAACGGGCAGCUUGCCGCUACGGUUGAAACGGCCAGUGAGACCGAGCAGUUCCUCAUGAAGCUGAUUAACCGGCCCAUCAUUGUUUUCCGUGGGGAACAUGGCUUCAUCGGCUGCCGGAAGAUGACGGGAACCUUAGAUUGCAACCGAUCUUCUUACGAUAUCUUUCAGCUGGAGUUUAACGAUGGCGCCUACAACAUCAAAGAUUCCACCGGGAAAUACUGGAUGGUGGGGAACGAGGCGUCCAUCACCAGUAGCAGCGAUUCUCCCGUGGACUUCUUCUUCGAGUUCUGCGACUUUAACAAAGUGGCCAUUAAAGUCAACAACAAAUACCUAAAGGGCGACCACGCCGGGGUGCUCAAAGCCUCCGCCGACGCCAUUGAGCCCUCUACCCUCUGGGAGUAUUAAACGCACUUUAGUCUCCUUCCCUUCGCUCUACGCUUCCUCUCUUCCCCCCCUCCCCUCUUUCCCUUUUUUUUUCGGGUUGCCAACUUCCUGCAGGAAUUUCCUUUUGGUAUGUUCUGGUGUGUCUUUUUCAAAGAGGGAUUGUAUCUUUCAGACUUGGCCUGCUGCCUUCGGUCUGCCAUAUUGUUGUUGUUGUUGUUUUGAGUUUUUUUCUCCCCCCCUCCCUUUCUUUCGCGAGCUCAUCUAAAACUGGAAGCAGAAAACAAACCAUUGUUGAUCUGCAGAAAAUGUCCUGCUCUAACCUUGUGGACUUUCUGCAGUGGGGAGGAAGGAGAGAAACAAACGUUGGGUGGGUGGGUGGGGGGAAUGAAACGAAUCUCUCCUUUUGGCCUCUGCUGAACUUGAAAUCAAUUCAGUUCUGAAUCGAAAAGGAAUAUAUUUCUCGUCCUCGGAAUCGGGAAACGUGCCCUUACUCCACCUCUCCCCGUCUGUUCGGCCUCCUCCUCCUCCUGAGAAGGGGGGGUGGUCUUCAGGAAGAGCUAGUAUUGAGUUCAGCAAGAGCCCACUUUGGAAAACCUUGAGGGUUUUGUGGCUUCAGGGCCCCACCACCUUCUCUCUUGGGGUAGGUGGGCGCCCGUAAUUCUUGUCCUCAACUGGGCUUCCCAGUUUUGAGCUAGGAUGUCUUCUGCAGUGGGAACGAAGGAGAGUUCUCUUUCUUGGCUUUUUAAGUUACUCAUCCCCCCUCCUUUGGAGAAGAUAGAGGAGAAGUCGCUUAGCGUGUCUUGUCAUCCCUUGGGAUGAGAGAAGGAGGGGUAGGAGAAAGAGUCAAGAGGUGAAUCUAAGGUGAGCUACCAAAACAGGACAGAAGGUCUUGCCUUGAUGCUCACAGACCAAACGAGCUGCUUUUCCCCCCCUGAAUGGAAUCGUACUGGACUUCCGCGCGUUCAUCUCAUCCUCAAAAGAUCCAAGCGAAUUCCUUGGGUUUUUUUCCCACCCUUGUGCGCCCCUCCCCAAAAGCAUCUCUAAACAUCUCCCCGAAACACACGCCGAGAAGCCAUUGAUGUUGCCUUAUCGUUCUUUUCCCUUUCUCCCUGAAAGGGGCAACCGCGAUCGGAUUUCCCUUCGUCUCUUUUCUACCUUUCUUUCUCAUCGUUGGGGAGGUCUUUGCAUUUGGUUAGAGCAGGCCAGGACUACGGUUGAAGCUGUUGCUUACACGGAUGGACGCAUCAAAUAAAGGCAUUGAGUGGCACGUCAAUAUGUCUGCGCGUCUCAUUUUUCCCUCCCCUCCCUCCCUCUUGCCUUGGCUGCGGGGGGGAGGGGGAGAAACAUCUCGGCAUCUCCUCUGCUCCUCUUCACCCUUCAUCCAUGAUGGAGGGCGGUUUCCCUGCCAGCAGCUGAUACGACUGACUCCGAAAAUUGAACAGGGACUUUAGCCACGACCCAGAUCAGUCCGCAGGAGAAUUGGAUCUCCCUUGGUUUUCCUCCCAAGGACUUUUCACUGAAAUGUCUUCGUAGAUUUGGGGAGUGGGGGGGGGGGGAAGGAGGUAUAGAAGACGAGAUGGUGGGGAAAAGUAUCGGGAGGAAUGGAUCAAGCAGAGGUGAAGUCAGGCUGCGUGUCCACCAACUUUUCAGGGGAAUCCUCCAUCGCCAACUUAUCCGCGUUCCCUUAAACUAGCAUCAUUUGCACAAUACAUGCCCACUGCAUCGUUCUACCUGUUGACCUAAACUGGAAUAUUUGUCGUCUUCUCAUCUCACUGCCUGCUUUCCCACCCUCCCCCCCCCCCAAAAUUGUAAACUCUGAGUCAACGUAGCCGUUUCUGGCUUCUGCAUCUCAGCAGCUUCCCACAGCUCAUCUCAUCUCUUGACAAGCUCUGUUGAGGGCCUCAAGAUGAGACCCCAGCAUCAUCUCAUGACCCAACGGGUCUGCUUCUGUGAAUCCCGCACUUUGCCCCCCGCCCCCCCGCAGAACCCCAAAACAUAGAAAGUUGAACAGGAAAAGUCUUCUCUUGGACUUACAUCAACUUUGCUCUCCAAGCCCAACCUAACUUAGGCGCUAGAUUCGUUGUUCGGCACAGCCCAACUUCGAUCUUCGUUAACACGUUGCUUAACUCUUUUGGGGAGUCCCGAGGAGUCUUCUGUGCCCGCAGGUUUUGUGUGUGGAUUUAUUUUAUUAUUAUUUUGUUGCCGUCGUCCGAUGCGAUGCCUUCUUGGGGGUUUUAAUCUCUGUUUCCUUAGGCCAAGCAAACCCCAGAUUUACCCCUGAAGUCUGUGGGGGGCGGGGGGGGGGGGGGAAGACUUCGCUUCAAAUGGUGCUCUCUUAAUCCAAAUCCAUGAAUUUGUAAGAUCCAGUUUUGUAUUUGCUAAACGCGUUAACUUUAUGGGGAGCGCGGGAGGGGGGGUGUUUGGCCAAAUUUUCAAAGGGGUUGGUGGGGUUUUGAUUAACUUGGGUGGGGGAAACAGCAGGGACCACGUCCUAAGCCUUAACAAAAGCAUCCACUCUCUGCUAUCCAUAAGGUGACUUUAAUAGGAAUCGGUGCUCUAACUUUAUAACAAUGGAAAUUAUUUGCCUUAUGAGAGUAAAAGAGGGUUUUUUGAGCUGGGGUUCGCCUGGGAAUCUUAAACUGGAUUGCGCUGAAGUUCUGGAAACUAUAGAAACCUUAAGCUUGUGAAAGAAACCACAAUUUAGGGAGCAGAGAUGACUUCCCAGUUGGCCUCCAGAGUCUGUCCUGUUUUCCUGUGUCUCUUGCCCACCUGGUGGGAUUUGGAUCAUGUUACAGCCUCACUGCCUUUCCUCCUGUAACCGUAUUUUUCAGUCAAGAAUUCUUGCCUUCUAUUUCCUUGACUAUCGUGGCUAUGAAAAGCAUCUCAUAUCCUGUUAAUGUUUAGUUAAUUUUCCCCCUCCUUUAAAAACACGUUUUUUUUUGUAAGUGCCAUUUGUAUAAGAAGCAUCAAAUGGAGAAGAGAAUUGACAAAAUAAAAACCUGCAUACAGAUAUUAAAAA